AAUUAAAUGAAUAAAUAAAAAUAAUGUUUAUAUAUACAUAUAUUUAUCAUAGAGAGCUGAUCGUAUUUCAUCAGCAAAAAGUAAAUUAGAUGUACCAACACGCAAAUAUGAAAAACCUUAUGAAAAUUAUCAGGGAUCUAAUGGAAUGAAUAAUUCAGAUAAUAAUAAUAUAAAUAAUUAUGAACCUCAGCUAAUCAAAAUUGACAAUGGUAAUGAAUCUGAUCGACUUUUACAACUACCUGACAAUUCCUCAUGGCGACGAACUCAUUCGGAUUCAUCACUUCACCAUACAAUGGUACCGAGUGUUGUUGCACAUUAUCAUGCACGAAUUGAAAAUGAUAAUAAUGGUCAAGCAACCAAUUAUAAUUUAAAUGAUAUUAAAUAUGAAUCAUUAUCAUAUUCUCCUCAUCAUCAUCCUCAUCAUUUACAAGUUUCGAAUUUACCUUUUCAACAACAUCAGCAUCAAUUUGAUUUAAAUCAUAAUUUAAAUUAUAAUUUAAAUCAUAAUUAUAUAAAUGGUCGAACAAAUGUUGUAUAUCCAUUAUCUCAAAUAGCAACACCAAUAGGACCAACAACAUCAUUACCAACACAACCUAUUGUAUCAUCACCACCAAAUAAUACUCAUACACUUUUAGGACCACGUUAUAGUAGUGGUUCAAAUGUUCUUAUGUUACCACCAAAUCAUCAUCCACGUGGUGGUUCAUUACCAGAUUUACGUACAGAAAAUGCAUUUCAUCAUCAACAAGUAUCGUUUUCAACAGCACCAUCACCACCAACAUCUACAAUACA